AUGUUCGAGAAGGUUGCAAAUGCAACCAGCUCCAAGCAAGCAUGGGAUAUUCUUCAAACUUCCUUUAAAGGUUUGGACAAAGUGAAAAAGGUUCGUCUCCAAACCUUAAGAGGAGAAUUUGAAUCGCUGCAAAUGAAGGAAUCCGAAUCAGUUUUGGAUUAUAUUUCAAUAGUCUUGGCGGUUGUCAAUCAAAUGAAGAGAUAUGGUGAAGAGUUGAAUGAUGAUAGGGUCGUUGCAAAAAUAUUACGAUCCUUGGAUUCAAAAUUUAAUUAUAUUGUUGUUGCCAUUGAAGAGUCCAAGGACUUGGACACCAUGACCAUAGAAGAACUCACGGGUUCUUUGCAAGCACAUGAAGAAAAGUUGAAGAAACCGAAACAAGAGUCGGUUGAACAAGCUUUGCAAGCAAAACUUUCUUUGAAGGAGAAAGAUGAAAGGCGUGGCUCAAAACAAAGAGGUCGUGGACGUGGAAGAGGUCAUAGUAGAGGAGGAAGAGGUGGUAGUCAACCUCUGACCAAAGAAAAUAAAGUCAAGACUCCAACCAAGGAAGAGGCCGCGGAAGAGGUAGAGGAGGGAGGUCAAAUCAAGGAAGAUGAAGAUGACACUUUACUCAUGGCAUGUAAAGAAGAAGAAAGUGUAGAAAGAAAUAAAUGGUACCUUCAUUCCGGUGCAAGCAGCCACAUUUGCAGGAAGAAGCAUUUAUUUGCUAAGUUUGAGGAAUUUAAUGGUGGAACAUCACUCUUGGAGACUCUUCAAAAUUUCAAAUCAAAGGAAAAGGCACGAUUUUAA